GCAUUGUGGCCUUUUACUCUGUGUAUUGCUGAAUGGGCAGUCAGGGUUUCUGCAUUUCCGGGAGUAAACGAAGCGCUGCGAGCUCGGCAUCCAUGACAAUGGUUCUCAAGACAGAGCUUUGCCGAUUUAGUGGUGCCAAGAUAUACCCAGGGAAGGGUAUCAAAUUUAUUCGCUCAGAUUCCCAGGUCUUCCACUUUGCCAACUCAAAACGCAAGAGGUAUUUUCACAAUCGCCUGAGGCCUGCAAAGCUUACAUGGACUGCUGUAUACCGGAAACAACAUAAGAAGGACAUUGCUGCUGAAACUGUGAAGAAGAAGCGCCGAACCACUCAGAAGCCCUACUCUAGAUCAAUUGUUGGUGCAACCUUGGAAGUCAUACAGAAGAAAAGAGCUGAAAAGCCAGAAGUUCGUGAUGCUGCACGUCAUGCUGCUUUACGUGAGAUCAAGGAGAGAAUAAAGAAGACCAAGGACGAGAAGGCGGCGAAGAUGGUGGAGUUGAUGUCCAAGUCACAGAAGGCCUCUAAGAGCAAUGUGCCCAAAAGCUUGGUGGUGACGGCAAGCGUUAAUUUCCAAACAUUUUAGAUGCUGUCGCAUCUAAAACAGAAAAGGGUUAAUUCAUGUUCAAGGAUCCAAUAAUUUACAAUCAAUAUGCGAUACCUGUCAAUUAGGCAAACUCAGUAAAUUACCCUUUUCUUGUUCUAAUAAUUCUAGUUCAACCGUCUUCAAUAAAAUUUAUUGUGAUUUAUGGGGCCCAUCGCCUGUUCUGUCCCUUGAAAAAUUUAGUUAUUAUGCAUGUUUGGUUGAUGAUUUCUCUUGA